AUGGCAGACCCUCAUAUACAAAACAGCACUGCUGCUUCUGCCAGCUCUGCCAAUACUACUGCCACUUCAACUGGAAAUAUGGAUGCCAGCCUAAUGCAACAGCAACGCUUCUAUUGGCAGCAACAGCAGUUGAUGAAUACUUCUGCAUAUGGAAAUGGCAGUCAGUCAAUGCCUUCUGUUUAUUCUCAGAUGCCUGCGAUCUCUGCUUCUCAAUUAGAUAUGAACAGACUUCACCGCCCAUCCAUGUCCUUGCACUCUCAAUCGCACGGUCUUGCAUCUGGUUCUGAUCCUGCAACUACUAAUAAUACUAUUAAUGGUCCUUCUGCUAUUGCAUCCAUGUCAGGUCCAGUAGACAUAAAUGCUGUCUUGGAAGUGUCGACUGCUUUAACUGCAGCCACAUACCCACAGAACAUAUCUGCAUCCACUGUGUCCGAUCUACCAACUCAGAUGCGCUCGCGGAUGUCAUUUUCACAACUACCGCAACAGUAUCCAUAUCUUCAACAGCAACAGUUUGGUAAUAUAUCCUUUCCUUUUAUUCAACAGAAUGAUUCAGUAUCCAAUAAUUCAAUGAGCCGGACUCCUAGUCAACAAAGCAUGUCACAAUCGUUUUUUCAUAAUGUAGACUAUGGGAAUACAAAUAAAUCUGGACAAGCUACAGUUUUAAAUGGUGAUGGAUCCAAUUUAGAGCCUGAUUUAGCCAUGCACUCUGCCAAUCUGAACCAGAAAAAUAAUGACACCGAUGGUAGUAGCAUGGCUGGGGACAUGGGGAAUGUACACCGAGAAAGUAUACAGUCUACUUUUGGUAUGAAAAACCAGGCUGGAUCUAUAGGACUCUCGAAUCUUGGGGCGUCUGCUCCAAUGCAAGGCUUUCAGCACAAUCCUUCCCGUGUUGCUCUAGAGUCUUCGAGCACACAACCACACUUUCAACCCCAUUCCGCAAUUCAAUUACCGUCACAAUUUCAAGCCCAACCACCUUCUCAGCCGUGGUUGCAACAUCAAUUGCAAGAAUCUCGGCCUAAAUCUAUAGAUUCACGACCAACCCAAAAUUCUCAAUCUUUGCUUGACGCAACAUCAGGAUCCAUGGGGAAUGCGUUUUCUUUGAAUCAAAUGAAUCCAGCGAGACCUACAGAGACCGGAGCAAUGCAGCAGCAAAAUAUGGAUCAGAAUCAGUUUUUGCAGCGGAUACAGCCGUAUCAGCAAAAUCAAAUGUGGGCCCAGCAACUUCAGAUGCAACAACAUCAGUUUCAGCAAGCAUUACAAAAUCAAAUAUCUGUUUCUGCUGGUAUGGGAACACAGGUUAGUACAAUGCAGCAACCACAUAUUCAAGAUGAAAUGGCUCAGUCUUUCCAACCCAACUUUCUUGAGCGAACGACUACAUAUGGUUCAGAAUUGCCAUUCCUAUCCACACUGCCAACUUCUUUUCCUAAUUCCUCGUUUACUUCUCCACCACCCAUGAGCAAGAAAGGGUCUAUAUCUAGCAUACAGUCAGCUCGUGACACGUCUUAUUUGAAGCAAGCGUCUUUAAAUGAUACAGUGAAUGCAGCGGUAAUCAAAAAUACUGCUCAACACGGGAUGUUGACAAACAACGAACGGCUGAUGCUUGAUUCUAAAGUGAAUUCUGCUUCUAAUCAUUUUGGACAGCAAACUGCUGGUGGAUCAGCUGGAAAAUUUACAAACGAUUCUGCAUCAGGCGUACCUUUUAUCAAUGGAUCUCAGACAUAUGCUUCACAGCCCGCUGUUUCUUCUGGUGCUUCUGCACCAGAUGUUAUGGCGAAUCGUGGAUCUAUUUCUGGAAAUACUGGGGUGUCGCUACCGACUCAAGGAGCUUAUCGCACAGAUGGAAAUUCUAGUACUAAUACGAGUCUUGUCCAAAUGCAACAACAGUUUAUGAUGCAACAGCAACAGUUGCGACAGUUUCAGCAGCAACAGUUGCAGCAGUUACAGCAGCAGCAAUCGCUUACUCCACAACAAAUUCGGCAAAUACAGCAACAGCAUCAAAUGAAUCAGCAUCAGCUGUUGCAAAUGCAGCAGCAAACAAUACAAAGUCAGCAGUCUCAAUUGAUGCAACAACAAAAAAGUUUGCAGUUAUCCCCUUCACAACAGAAUCCUAUUGUUUCAAAUGUAGUUCAUCCUAUAGCACAACAACAACACUUUUUACAAAAGGUUCAGGACAAACAGUGGUUCGAUCAAGUGUUUAAUAAUUUUAUGAUCAGUCGCAACAUUACUUUCAACAGAGUUCCUAUAUUGGCUUCUAAACCGCUUAAUAUGCACGCUCUAUUUCUUGCUGUGGUAGAGGCAGGGGGGAUGGAAAAGCUUUCCGCCAAAGCGGCAUGGAGACCAAUUUCCAAGAAGCUGGGAUAUGAUACACAACCAAAUGUACCAUCACUACUUCGAAAACACUACACUAGUCACUUGUAUCCGUUUGAGCAGUUUCUUUUUCCAAGCUUGACCAGUACGAAUCCAGAUGCUAAUAGAAAAAGUGUAACUCCUACGCCUCUUCAAAAAACAAUUAAAUCCAAAACCAUGUCCAUGCAUUCGACACCAGAUACGACUGCUGCUGCGACUGCUCAAAACGGAGUUUCGUCAAGUGUAUCCAAAGCGCAGAUGCAUCCAAUGACGUUUCAAGGACCGCCAUUUUCAAGUGAUGCGACGACUAGUGUGCACUCUAGUACUGCUCCUCAAACUGCUCUGCAGCUGCCCAUGAAUACUAUGGAGAGUAUGAAUAAGGUGUUAUUACAGAACGAUAAUUCAAUUGUACCUAAAACACCUAAUACUCAGGUAGGUACUACUGGUGCAUCACAACCACCAAUGAAUUCGGCCGGAUCUCGUACUGGAUUUUCCGAUUCUGCCAAUCAGUGGCAGCAUGCUGGCACAAUGGGAAUGGUUCAGCCAUCUCCUUUACAUACUUCUCGAACACCGUGUACGUCUAUUACUGCAACUUCUGAAAUUUCACAGGCUCCUGUUGCACAUACCUCGACAUUUCAGAUGUCUGGAGCACAGUCUCUGCUUGCUUCUAAUCAAAAUAUAUCACCCCACGCAUUGUCUGAUCAAUCUGGAACUUCUCUUCAUCCCAACUUUCAAUAUGAAAAGGAUGGUUUGUCACAUUCUGCUUUACAGACUUUUUCAGCCGAUUCACCAGCUUCAGGUGAUACCCGUUCACAUUUACCACCUCAUCAAUCGCUUUCAUCUCAGCAACAGUUGCAACUGCAACAAAUUAUGCAGAUGAAACAGCUUCAAAUGCAAAAGCAGAGCACACCGUCUCAACAAAAGGAAGAGGUUUUAGUCAAAACAGAGCAUGCUACAGUAGCAGCACCUUUAUCACAGGGAUCUUUGGAAACGCAAGCCGAAAUGCAAUCCAAGACAUCCCAUACUCGACCUGUGCAUUUGUUUACACCACGAUCACGCCGAUUGACUACAUAUGGUGGUAUAGAUUUAGAGAAGCUUGCGCGAGCCAUUCGUCGUGCUUCUCCUUGUAAAGAGCAAUAUGCUAUUCAAGAUAUGUCUCGACUUACCAUGUCGCUCAAAUCCAGAUUGCAGUCCGAAGUACGAUAUGCUCUUGACGCACUGCUAAUUUUUUCCCAUGAGGGCACAAUCAGGUUCACAGAGUGCAUUGAUUUGCUAAACGCGCUUGUUCGACUCGCUGGAGACUCUCUUACAGAACUGUUUUCAUUGACACAAGCUAAAAUGCAGGUUCUUGAUCAUCCUCAUGCCACGUACCUGUCAUUAUUUGAAACACAAUUUCAUGAGCAGCAUAUGCUUGAGCCUAUGGGUCGACCCACACUGUGUAGAACUAAACUUCUGUCAGAUUGCUGUUUGAGCAUUGGAAUUAUUUUGCGCAAUUGUUCCUUUUUUUCAGAGAAUCAAAGAAUGCUGGCUGAGCAUGCAGGCGUUGUAGAGCUACUCUACUGGGAGAUUGAUUUGACUGCCUUAUUAGAUACACCUAUGGCCGAGUAUAUAGAUGGUAAUUAUACUGCCGACACAUAUGAUCAAUGUAGCAACGUGGAGGAUGAAGCAAGUAAACCGCAUCAGGAUAAUUUAUUGGAUGUUGAACGUCGAGCAGAUUUUUCUGUUUGUAGUGAGCUAGCUCAAGAUACCACUGAUAGCGCUACGCACUCUUUUCCGCGUUGUCAUCGUCAGACUGUACCUAAGCCCACCUUUAGCAUGCUGCAUAUUUUGGAUCAUCGAAAAAAUGCUAUAGUGAUUCUUUCCAAUAUUGGCAAUUUUGUGCACUGCCGUACCGAAUCCAUUUCAACAGCAUUUUUGAAUACCAUAUCAGACUUUAUUGGCUGCAAUUCGGCAUAUGUGUACCCAGCACUCGAUGCUAUGGCACGAUUGAUGCUUGUAUCGGACAAUCUGGACCGGUUUUCUCGGUAUGAUGGGAUUUAUGUACUUGCAAAUAGAAUAGCUGCACUUUUACCCGACCGAAUUCUAUUUGACAUGCCACCAGAGCAGCAUGCUCUGCUUGAACUUGUUUCCAUGACACUCUAUUCCGUGACAUUUAUUGGCAACGACAUGCUUCGUCAACACAUAUGCCAGAUCCCAGGUUUGAUACAAACUCUUUUGCGACUCUGCCAUCUUCCUUACAUGCAAUACAUUGGACAGCGAGUAAAUGUCACGCAGGCACAAUUUAAACUUUUACAAAAGCAGCUGAUUCAAAUGUUGCCAAUCUGCCAGCGUUCGAUGCGAACCAUAUACGAAUGCGCCAAGUAUGCAGGAAACAGAGACAGGCUGCUAUUAUUUGAACAAGAGCUUUUGGAAACAUCUAUUGAUGCACAGCAGGCAGGUGACGAUAAUUUGGCGAAGCUUACAGCAGAAGUGCUAUCAGAGCUGAGUGGUGUUGACUAA